GAGAGGGGGGGGGAGAUGAGUGUGUUUUCAAGCCCAUGCAGCAAGAAAGAAACACGGAAGGAGAGAAAGAAAGGGAGAAAUGAAAUUGUUUUAUUUUUCAGGCUCUGAGCUCUUGCUGGCUGUGACAUGUCUUGGAAGUACUGAAAUGUGAGUGAAGCUGUUGAAAAGUCCAGUGUCUAAGAGGGAACCCUCCUCUCCUUUUUUAAGAAUUGCUGGGUGUUUAAAUUGAUGUCAUCUGCUACUAAGAUCUGCUUCAGCACCAUGACAGCUGGAAUAGCAGAAGUUGGGGAAUUACCCUUGGAGUCUUUGGUCACUUGCAAACUGUGCCUGUCUGAAUAUUCACUGGAUAAGAUGACUGCUCUUCAGGACUGCAACUGCAUUUUUUGUACCUCAUGUCUAAAGCAAUACAUGCAAUUGGCCAUCCGUGAAGGGUGCGGUUCUCCCAUCACUUGCCCAGACAUGGUGUGCUUAGGCCGUGGGAUGCUGCAAGAAGCAGAGAUAUCCAGCUUGGUGCCUGCAGACCAAUUUCAGUUGUACCAACAGUUGAAAUUUGAAAGAGAAGUGCAUUUGGAUCCACUGAGAACCUGGUGUCCCUCUGCUAACUGUCAGACUGUGUGCCAGAUUGAACCGAGUGAAUCUGGAUUACCAGUGCCUAUAAAAUGUCAGAGGUGUUACUUGACAUUCUGUUCAUCAUGCAAAGAGCCUUGGCACGUGGAGGGAUCAUGCCUGGAAAGCCAUUUCAUGGGGGUUACAAGCGAGCAAGGAACACUUAUUAAAAACAGCUCAGAAGCUCCAAUUAAACAGUGUCCAGUUUGUCGGAUCCAUAUUGAGCGGAACGAAGGCUGUGCUCAAAUGAUGUGUAAAAAUUGCAAGCACACAUUUUGUUGGUAUUGCCUACAAAAUUUGGAUAAUGACAUCUUCUUAAGACAUUAUGACAAAGGGCCCUGUCGAAAUAAGCUGGGCCAUUCACGAGCCUCAGUUAUGUGGAACAGAACACAGGUUGUUGGCAUUCUAGUGGGCCUGGGAAUCAUCGCUCUGGUAACAUCUCCCUUACUGCUCUUAGCCUCGCCAUGUAUCAUUUGUUGUGUCUGUAAAUCCUGCCAAAGCAAGAAAAAGAAACAUGGCCCACCACCAACAUAAAAUUUUCUGUCCACGUUGGACGUGAAUGCCUAUCAUAUUUGUCAGGGAGAAGACUAAUGGUUGACGCCUUGCACUGUGCUGUACCAACCAAUUCUCCUUUACUUUGCCAACUUCUGUAAAAAGUGCCUACUGGUUCACAGGAUACUUUGUUUGCAAGCUGCAGUUCAGCAGGGGGGUGGCUAUUUGUUGUGAUCUGGGUUCAACUCUGUUUUUUCAUUGUUUUUAAUAGACCCAGGCUUGUAAGAUGUUUUAAAGGUUUUUCAAAAUGACUGCUUUGUUUAAAUUGGCAGAUGAAGCUGCUGUUGUUCACCAGAUUCUGAAUGAGUAUAGAGUUUCAGAGCACCUUGAGACUAUCUCCUGAAGCAGUCAUACAGUUGAAUAAGAAAAUAAAAUGUGUAAUUCAACUCUUUUUAAAGAAAAUGUUGGUUACUUUAAAUGUUAGAUUUCUAGUGCAGACUUAGUGACAGUUUAAAACAAAAACAAAAAACAACCCUGUAAGUUACAAGGGUUUUUUAUUUUUUAAAAAAAACCAUACUUGAAAAGGGGGAAACCAGAAAACUCAAGUGUCAAAUAUAAUUGGUGUAUGGUCUUGCCAAACUACACUUUCUAAAAGGCAAGUCAGAUCAAAUAAAUUCUUUAGAAUAAGAUCUGCCUUACUACACCACCAAAUCCAAUAAUAUUGUACUGUACAAGCCUGCUCUCAUAUAGUAAGCAUAAAAUGCUGAGCAGAUCACCCUAUCUGUAUAACCCUGGGCUGUAAAUUGCUUUCAAGCAGUUGAUAAAACUUGAGUGGUCUGAUGCUAGUUAUGGUCUAGAAGUGGCAAGUGCGACAUAACUGACAUGAGUAUGGCAUAAUUGGGCCUGUAUUUUUUUCUCUAGAUUUUAUUACUGCUGUCUUAUACUUCAUGUGAGGCUCAAUGGAUGAGUCAAAAUGAUCUUAAGACAAGGAUUUUGGUUAUCACUUGUGGGAACAAAUGAGCUUGCCAAAAGGUUGGCCAUUAUAGACAUAAGCUGUUUCUUUCAGUGAAGAAAGAAAUAUGCUUAAAAACAACAUGAUCCUAAUAAAUAUUGUUGCAACAAAUAAUAGCCAUUUUAUCAAGCUAGGGAGGAACUGUGAAAAUAACACCGUGUACCUCAAAAAAGGCUACAUGUAAGCAUUGUUAAUGAAUCUAGUUUUUCUGAUGAAAUAACUACUUUCCCAUGUUGGAGUAUCUACUAUCUCAUAAAACAGAUCCUCAGCUAGUGUGAAAUCAAAGGAAGAGUGGCAUGCCUUGAAAAUAUUGGAAAAGGACAAAGGGUGAUAAAGAAUACAACACUGUAAUCUUGGUUGGAAGAAAAUAAUUCUCUAUUCUGAUCAUGCAUUCCUCCACUCCACCCCAUUCUAUGGGAAAAGGUGGCAUUACAUAAACAAUACAUAUAAUUGUUUCUUGAACAAUUAAGUUUAUGUAUUCUAUGGUAUAUAGGCUAACAUAAAUCGAAUACAUCAAGGACAGCCAUGUAUAUUUCAGAGUAAAUGCUCAAAGUGUAGUCUGAUAUGAUAAAAUUGCCUGGAUUUCUGUAAGUAAAUUCAUCUGCAAUCUCAAAUUAUUGGAUCAUCUACUUUAGAACUAAAUUGCCAAGUCAUCAAGGAAUGUUUUAGUUAAUAAGAUACUUUGUAAUUGUAUUAUCUCGCGUAUCCCUUAUGAAACAGCGAUAUUCUGUCCAUCUAGCAUGCUGGCUGGGAAUUUCUGGAAGUUGAAAUCCAUACAUCUUAAAGUUGCUUAGGUUGCGAAACACUGACCUAGAACUGCUUAAUGUAUGUGUCUAAUUUUCUGUUAUCUAUUUUGGUAGUCAAAAAUAAGCCUAAGGGACCUUGGGUGAUGUAAAACCUUAAUAAAUAAAUAAUUAGGACCUGAAUCUUUAGUAUCUGAGUGAAAAGGGGGUGGGGGUGGGUGGGAACCAAAGUGAAGAAACAGGUCUCCUACCAUAAAUCUCUCCCCCUACCCCACUCUCCACAUCCCCAAUUCUUUUUAGGAUUAAAACUGAUGAAAUUUAAAGGAAGUCAAUAAGACAGAAUGUUUACCAGAAAACAGUAGCUCAUCAGAUUAAUGAUGUAUGUUUCUUUUUCUUUCUUUAUGUAAAACUUGUUAACAUAAAUAAAUAAAACUUACUUUGACAAAAAGUUGUUGACCAGCUACUGGAAAGAGGUUUUUAAUGUUCUAAAUUCUAUCAUUAUUUUCAGUAGAGAUCUUAAUGGUUUUUCUAUACAUUCAGCAUUAACUGGAAAAGGGAAGGAAAUAAUGGGCACAAGUGUGUGCUUUCAGUUCUACUAUGUUUACUCUCAGGUGAAUGGCAAAUGGUUAUUAUAGAAAAUGUGUUUAAGCUUGGAAAAGAAAAUUUAGACAUCUCGUAGUGGUUCACAGAAGUCAUCAUGCUAAUCAACAAUUUAAAAAAAGGGGACAAUUGUCUAUUGAUGUUUGUUUAACCUAGUAUAAUUUCAUUACUCUCUUAAGUUAGUGAAGGCCCAAGGCUGAGAUUUUUUAAUGAUUCAUUAAAAACUGUGCAGGAAGAAA